AUGAUGAUGAUGGAAACGAAGAUACCCAACCUGCGCCGAGUCAUCCAGAUCCUGAAGACAAAACCAGAUGGAUCAUCCAAAUCAACCAACGAGUAUAAGAACAAGUACGAAGAUUCUGGAAAGUCAAAAUACGACGACGAGUCAAGCAGUAACGAUAAAUCAACGACAAUUGGAGGAGGACAGAAAACAACAACGGAAACCGAUUGGAAGUCAAAGAACCAAGGAACCAACGAAUACAAGAACAAGAACGUUUCGAAAGGCAAAGACACCAGAACCGUAGAUGCUGACGGCACUAUCCGCCAGGAUUCGGAGAAUUCGUCUAAAGGUACUUCAUCCUCCAGAUCUAAAUCUAAUUCGGACUAUACGUCAACAACCAAGACUAAAACUGAACCAGUCAACAAGAGCCCUCAGGACAGUGGGCCUGUACCCAUUCAAGAAAAACCAGCUGGACCGGCAAGACCGGACACUGUAAUUAUUGGCCCACCAAUUGGACGUCCAUAUCCUCCACCUUAUGAUAGUAGCACUUAUGAAGGCACGAGCCGAACUAAGUCUAGCUAUGAUUCGAGCAAUGACGGUACAUCGCAGAGUGACAACAAAAGUUCAUAUGUCCAGAAACCAGAUGGAUCAUCUAAAUCAACCAACGAGUAUAAGAACAAGUACGAAGAUUCUGGAAAGUCAAAAUACGACGACGAGUCAAGCGGUAACGAUAAAUCAACGACAAUUGGAGGAGGACAGAAAACAACAACGGAAACCGAUUGGAAGUCAAAGAACCAAGGAACCAACGAAUACAAGAACAAGAACGUUUCGAAAGGCAAAGACACCAGAACCGUAGAUGCUGACGGCACUAUCCGCCAGGAUUCGGAGAAUUCGUCUAAAGGUACUUCAUCCUCCAGAUCUAAAUCUAAUUCGGACUAUACGUCAACAACCAAGACAAAAACUGAACCAGUCAACAAGAGCCCUCAGGACAGUGGGCCUGUACCCAUUCAAGAAAAACCAGCUGGACCGGCUAGACCGGACACUGUAAUUAUUGGCCCAUCAAUUGGACGUCCAUAUCCUCCACCUUAUGAUAGUAGCACUUAUGAAGGCACGAGCCGAACUAAGUCUAGCUAUGAUUCGAGCAAUGACGGUACAUCGCAGAGUGACAACAAAAGUUCAUAUGUCCAGAAACCAGAUGGAUCAUCCAAAUCAACCAACGAGUAUAAGAACAAGUACGAAGAUUCUGGAAAGUCAAAAUACGACGACGAGUCAAGCGGUAACGAUAAAUCAACGACAAUUGGAGGAGGACAGAAAACAACAACGGAAACCGAUUGGAAGUCAAAGAACCAAGGAACCAACGAAUACAAGAACAAGAACGUUUCGAAAGGCAAAGACACCAGAACCGUAGAUGCUGAUGGCACUAUCCGCCAGGACUCGGAGAAUUCGUCUAAAGGUACUUCAUCCUCCAGAUCUAAAUCUAAUUCGGACUAUACGUCAACAACCAAGACUAAAACCGAACCAGUCAACAAGAGCCCUCAGGACAGUGGGCCUGUACCCAUUCAAGAAAAACCAGCUGGACCGGCUAGACCGGACACUGUAAUUAUUGGCCCACCAAUUGGACGUCCAUAUCCUCCACCUUAUGAUAGUAGCACUUAUGAAGGCACGAGCCGAACUAAGUCUAGCUAUGAUUCGAGCAAUGACGGUACAUCGCAGAGUGACAACAAAAGUUCAUAUGUCCAGAAACCAGAUGGAUCAUCCAAAUCAACCAACGAGUAUAAGAACAAGUACGAAGAUUCUGGAAAGUCAAAAUACGACGACGAGUCAAGCGGUAACGAUAAAUCAACGACAAUUGGAGGAGGACAGAAAACAACAACGGAAACCGAUUGGAAAUCAAAGAACCAAGGAACCAACGAAUACAAGAACAAGAACGUUUCGAAAGGCAAAGACACCAGAACCGUAGAUGCUGACGGCACUAUCCGCCAGGAUUCGGAGAAUUCGUCUAAAGGUACUUCAUCCUCCAGAUCUAAAUCUAAUUCGGACUAUACGUCAACAACCAAGACUAAAACUGAACCGGUCAAAACAAGCCCUCAAGACAAAGGGCCUGUGCCCAUUCAAGAAAAACCAGCUGGACCGGCUAGACCGGGCACUGUAAUUAUUGGCCCACCAAUUGGACGUCCAUAUCCUCCACCUUAUGAUAGUAGCACUUAUGAAAGCACGAGUCGAACUAAGUCCAACUCUGAUUCGAGCAAUGAUGGUACAUCGCAAAGUGACAACAAAAGGUCAUAUGUCCAGAAACCAGAUGGAUCAUCUAAAUCAACCAACGAGUAUAAGAACAAGUACGAAAAUUCUGGAAAGUCAAAAUACGACAACGAGUCAAGCGGUAACGAUAAAUCGACGACAAUCGGAGGACGACGGAAAACAACAACGGAAACCGAUUGGAAGUCAAAGAACCAAGGAACUAACAAAUACAAGAACAAGAACGUUUCGAAAGGCAAAGACACCAGAACCGUAGAUGCCGAUGGCACUAUCCGCCAGGAUUCGGAAAAUUCGUCUAGAGGUACUUCAUCUUCUAGAUCUAAAUCUAAUUCGGACUAUACGUCAACAACCAAGACUAAAACUGAACCAGUCAAAAAGAGCCCUCAGGACACAACAGGGUCUGUGCCCGUUUCAAGCAACGAUCAAGUACAACCAGCUGGACCGGCUAGACCGGGCACUGUAAUUGUUGGCCGACCAAUCGUGCCAAUCGUUCGGCCAUAUCCUCAACCAGAUGAAACUCACACUUAUGAAGGCACGAGCCGAACUAAGUCUAGCUAUGAUUCGAGCAAUGACGGUACAUCGCAGAGUGACAACAAAAGUUCAUAUGUCCAGAAACCAGAUGGAUCAUCUAAAUCAACCAACGAGUAUAAGAACAAGUAUGAAAAUUCUGGAAAGUCAAAAUACGACAACGAAUCAAACGGUAACGAUAAAUCGACGACAAUCGGAGGAGGACGGAAAACAACAACGGAAACCGAUUGGAAGUCAAAGAACCAAGGAACUAACGAAUACAAGAACAAGAACGUUUCGAAAGGCAAAGACACCAGAACCGUAGAUGCCGACGGCACUAUCCGCCAGGAUUCGGAGAAUUCAUCUAAAGGUACUUCAUCCUCCAGAUCUAAAUCUAAUUCGGACUAUACGUCAACAACCAAGACUAAAACUGAACCGGUCAAAACAAGCCCUCAAGACAAAGGGCCUGUGCCCAUUCAAGAAAAACCAGCUGGACCGGCUAGACCGGGCACUGUAAUUAUUGGCCCACCAAUUGGACGUCCAUAUCCUCCACCUUAUGAUAGUAGCACUUAUGAAAGCACGAGUCGAACUAAGUCCAACUCUGAUUCGAGCAAUGAUGGUUCAUCGCAAAGUGACAACAAAAGGUCAUAUGUCCAGAAACCAGAUGGAUCAUCUAAAUCAACCAACGAGUAUAAGAACAAGUACGAAAAUUCUGGAAAGUCAAAAUACGACAACGAGUCAAGCGGUAACGAUAAAUCGACGACAAUCGGAGGAGGACGGAAAACAACAACGGAAACCGAUUGGAAGUCAAAGAACCAAGGAACUAACGAAUACAAGAACAAGAACGUUUCGAAAGGCAAAGACACCAGAACCGUAGAUGCCGAUGGCACUAUCCGCCAGGAUUCGGAAAAUUCGUCUAGAGGUACUUCAUCCUCUAGAUCUAAAUCUAAUUCGGACUAUACGUCAACAACCAAGACUAAAACUGAACCAGUCAAAAAGAGCCCUCAGGACACAACAGGGUCUGUGCCCGUUUCAAGCAACGAUCAAGUACAGCCAGCUGGACCGGCUAGACCGGGCACUGUAAUUGUUGGCCGACCAAUCGUGCCAAUCGUUCGGCUAUAUCCUCAACCAGAUGAAACUCACACUUAUGAAGGCACGAGCCGAACUAAGUCUAGCUAUGAUUCGAGCAAUGACGGUACAUCGCAGAGUGACAACAAAAGUUCAUAUGUCCAGAAACCAGAUGGAUCAUCUAAAUCAACCAACGAGUAUAAGAACAAGUAUGAAAAUUCUGGAAAGUCAAAAUACGACAACGAAUCAAACGGUAACGAUAAAUCGACGACAAUCGGAGGAGGACGGAAAACAACAACGGAAACCGAUUGGAAGUCAAAGAACCAAGGAACUAACGAAUACAAGAACAAGAACGUUUCGAAAGGCAAAGACACCAGAACCGUAGAUGCCGACGGCACUAUCCGCCAGGAUUCGGAGAAUUCAUCUAAAGGUACUUCAUCCUCCAGAUCUAAAUCUAAUUCGGACUAUACGUCAACAACCAAGACUAAAACUGAACCGGUCAAAACAAGCCCUCAAGACAAAGGGCCUGUGCCCAUUCAAGAAAAACCAGCUGGACCGGCUAGACCGGGCACUGUAAUUAUUGGCCCACCAAUUGGACGUCCAUAUCCUCCACCUUAUGAUAGUAGCACUUAUGAAAGCACGAGUCGAACUAAGUCCAACUCUGAUUCGAGCAAUGAUGGUUCAUCGCAAAGUGACAACAAAAGGUCAUAUGUCCAGAAACCAGAUGGAUCAUCUAAAUCAACCAACGAGUAUAAGAACAAGUACGAAAAUUCUGGAAAGUCAAAAUACGACAACGAGUCAAGCGGUAACGAUAAAUCGACGACAAUCGGAGGAGGACGGAAAACAACAACGGAAACCGAUUGGAAGUCAAAGAACCAAGGAACUAACGAAUACAAGAACAAGAACGUUUCGAAAGGCAAAGACACCAGAACCGUAGAUGCCGAUGGCACUAUCCGCCAGGAUUCGGAAAAUUCGUCUAGAGGUACUUCAUCUUCUAGAUCUAAAUCUAAUUCGGACUAUACGUCAACAACCAAGACUAAAACUGAACCAGUCAAAAAGAGCCCUCAGGACACAACAGGGUCUGUGCCCGUUUCAAGCAACGAUCAAGUACAACCAGCUGGACCGGCUAGACCGGGCACUGUAAUUGUUGGCCGACCAAUCGUGCCAAUCGUUCGGCCAUAUCCUCAACCAGAUGAAACUCACACUUAUGAAGGCACGAGCCGAACUAAGUCUAGCUAUGAUUCGAGCAAUGACGGUACAUCGCAGAGUGACAACAAAAGUUCAUAUGUCCAGAAACCAGAUGGAUCAUCUAAAUCAACCAACGAGUAUAAGAACAAGUAUGAAAAUUCUGGAAAGUCAAAAUACGACAACGAAUCAAACGGUAACGAUAAAUCGACGACAAUCGGAGGAGGACGGAAAACAACAACGGAAACCGAUUGGAAGUCAAAGAACCAAGGAACUAACGAAUACAAGAACAAGAACGUUUCGAAAGGCAAAGACACCAGAACCGUAGAUGCCGACGGCACUAUCCGCCAGGAUUCGGAGAAUUCAUCUAAAGGUACUUCAUCCUCCAGAUCUAAAUCUAAUUCGGACUAUACGUCAACAACCAAGACUAAAACUGAACCGGUCAAAACAAGCCCUCAAGACAAAGGGCCUGUGCCCAUUCAAGAAAAACCAGCUGGACCGGCUAGACCGGGCACUGUAAUUAUUGGCCCACCAAUUGGACGUCCAUAUCCUCCACCUUAUGAUAGUAGCACUUAUGAAAGCACGAGUCGAACUAAGUCCAAGUCUGAUUCGAGCAAUGAUGGUACAUCGCAAAGUGACAACAAAAGGUCAUAUGUCCAGAAACCAGAUGGAUCAUCUAAAUCAACCAACGAGUAUAAGAACAAGUACGAAAAUUCUGGAAAGUCAAAAUACGACAACGAGUCAAGCGGUAACGAUAAAUCGACGACAAUCGGAGGAGGACGGAAAACAACAACGGAAACCGAUUGGAAGUCAAAGAACCAAGGAACUAACGAAUACAAGAACAAGAACGUUUCGAAAGGCAAAGACACCAGAACCGUAGAUGCCGAUGGCACUAUCCGCCAGGAUUCGGAAAAUUCGUCUAGAGGUACUUCAUCCUCUAGAUCUAAAUCUAAUUCGGACUAUACGUCAACAACCAAGACUAAAACUGUACCAGUCAAAAAGAGCCCUCAGGACACGACAGGGUCUGUGCCCGUUUCAAGCAACGAUCAAGUAGAACCAGCUGGACCGGCUAGACCGGGCACUGUAAUUGUUGGCCGACCAAUCGUGCCAAUCGUUCGGCCAUAUCCUCAACCAGAUGAAACUCACACUUAUGAAGGCACGAGCCGAACUAAGUCUAGCUAUGAUUCGAGCAAUGACGGUACAUCGCAGAGUGACAACAAAAGUUCAUAUGUCCAGAAACCAGAUGGAUCAUCUAAAUCAACCAACGAGUAUAAGAACAUGUAUGAAAAUUCUGGAAAGUCAAAAUACGACAACGAAUCAAACGGUAACGAUAAAUCUACGACAAUCGGAGGAGGACGGAAAACAACAACGGAAACCGAUUGGAAGUCAAAGAACCAAGGAACCAACGAAUACAAGAACAAGAACGUUUCGAAAGGCAAAGACACCAGAACCGUAGAUGCCGAUGGCACUAUCCGUCAGGAUUCGGAGAAUUCGUCUAAAGGUACUUCAUCGUCCAGAUCGAAAUCUAAUUCGGACUAUACGUCAACAACCAAGACUAAAACUGAGCCAGUGAAAAAAAUAUAAAAUUAUGGCUGUCUUUAUUAAAGUAGCAUCAAAAUUGUUUGAUACCUGAAUUUUAAUAUCGUUUAACAUUAAUAUGUUCAUACUUACCUAAUUUCUUAUUUUGUGUUGUAUUAAAUGAUAAGUUUUUCGGCUUGAAGGUUUGGUUCUAA